AUGAAACCUACCAGACAAGAUCACGGCAAACGUUUCGUCAUCUUCUCUCUCUUCUUCAUCUUCUUCCUCUGCGUUUUAGCUUCCAUCAACGAACUUCGUUUCGACGGCCUGUUGAAGCUCGGUAGAUGCGCUCUCCACGCCAAUCAUACCCUCUCGUCGGUUGUCUCUGCAGAUAAAAAUUCAGAUGAAGAUAUUAGAAUUCUCAUCGGAAUCUUAACACUUCCCGACCAGUACCAACGCCGGCACUUUCUCCGACUCAUCUACGGUACGCAAUCUCCGAAGGGUGCAAAAAUCGACGUCAAGUUCGUCUUCUGCAACUUAACGAAAGAAGAUCAAACAGUGCUAGUCGCUCUCGAGAUCAUGCGGUACGACGAUAUUAUAAUCAUGAACUGUAAAGAGAACAUGAAUAAGGGUAAGACUUAUACUUACUUCUCGAGCUUGCCGGAGAUGAUGAACCCCACUGACGGAACCGGGCCUUACCCGCCGUACCAUUACGUGAUGAAAGCUGACGACGACGCUUAUUUCCGGCUAGACAAUCUGGUGGAGUCGCUGAAGCCAUUGCCAAGAGAAGAUCUGUACUAUGGUUACGUGAUUCCAUGUCCGAGUAUGGACCCUUUUGUUCAUUACAUGUCGGGGAUGGGUUACCUGGUUUCGUGGGAUAUAGUUGAAUGGAUUAAGGAGUCGGAGAUUCCGAAGAAGCAUCUCGAAGGGCCGGAGGACAAGGUUUUUGGGGAGUGGAUUCGGGAAGGACGACGAGGGAAGAACAGGUACAAUGCUAAGUGGUCCAUGUAUAAUUACCCUGAGCCGCCGACUCGGUGCACCCACGAGCUUUGGCCUGACACGGUUGCGGUUCAUUUGUUGAAGAACCAGGAGAAGUGGAUCCGGACGUUGCAGUACUUCAAUGUUACUAGUAAUCUUAAACCAUCUAAGUUGUAUCAUAUACCUCGAUCAUUAUAG